UGCCUUGUUGGAUCCGAACCGACCCAUUUCAAACCGGAUUUAUUUACGGGUCCUUUUCCUUUUCUAAAUGUCGAAUCUAUUUACAGUUGCAAAGAAGGAACCAGCUCUCUCAAUCUGCAGCGCCCAUAUCUUCACUUCUUUUGCAUAAAAUGGGCUUGUGGACGAUAUUAGAAGGAUUUUUGCUUCUUGCAAAUGCUUUGGCAAUAUUAAAUGAGGAUCGUUUUCUUGCUCCCAGAGGAUGGAGUUUCUCGGAAUUCUCUGCGGGGCGUACAAAGUCAUUUAAAGGGCAACUUAUUGGUCUCAUUUACGCCACUCAAUACAUGAGAGUUCCUCUCAUACUACUCAAUGCAAUCUGCAUUUUUGUUAAGCUAGUUUCUGGUUGAUGCUGCUCUAGCAGAAUGCAUCAAGUCGAAUAUGGAGCAUAGGAAUUUGCCGAAGGUUGUGUAAGACAGAAGCAGUCAGUUCAAAAAUUAGGUGAUGUAUCUGUUUUACACUUAAGUUUGUAUCCCCCCUCCUUUUAAAAUAGAAUUUGAGGUUUCAUGAUGGGAUUUUAUCGAACCUGGAAAUGUGAUAACUUGAUAGCUCUAGCAUUUGUAUAAUUUGGAGACUUUACGCUGUCAUUUUGAAAUAUACAGUUUAUUGUGCCUGGAAUUUCUAUUAA